UCCUUUUCUCACCUUUUCCGACAACCGUGUUAGUCAAUUGUUAGAAAGUGUCACAAUGGCAGCAUUCAAGAAAACGAAUGUGAAAAUAUUCACAAAAACUGGACCAAAUAUUACACCGGAUACCAUAUACUGGAAAAAGCUUGGGGUACCUGCAUUAGUGAAAGAGUUUGGUUCAAUUGACUACAUUGACUUCUCCCCAGUGGAGCCACAUUAUUUUGCUGUUACAUGUUCUGUUCGAGUCCAGAUAUACAAUCCAAUCACAAAGGUAGUUCAGAAGAAUUUGAGCCAUUUCCGAGAAACUGCAUAUGGAGGAAGUUUCAGAUCAGAUGGAAGUCUGAUCUGUGUGGGUGGGGAAGAAUGCCAAGUAAAAUUGUUUGAUGUCAGCUCCAAGUCCCUUCUUCGUGUGUUCAAAGGACACUCAAGUGCUGUUCAUCGCUGUUUCUUCACGCUAGACAAAACUCACAUUGCAAGUUUCUCAGAUGAUAAAUCCAUAUGCCUUUGGGACAUUCCAAGUGAGAGCAAAGUUACAAGUUUCUCUGAACAUUUGGAUUAUGUCCGUGCUGGUGCCAUUUCUCCAGUAUCAACAGACAUUAUCCUGUCAGGUGGCUAUGACAAUAUUGUUCGAAUGUAUGAUACGCGAAUUAACGCUUCAGUUUUCAACAUGGACCAUGGUGCUCCAGUUGAGAGUGUUCUGUUCCUCCCAACAGGUGGUGUAUUUCUGUCUGCAGGUGGUACAGAAAUCCGAGUGUGGGAUGCCUUUACUGGGGGACGCCUGUUAGCAAAGUUGUGCCAACAUCAUAGAACUGUUACAUGCCUGUGCCUGGGAUCAGGAAACAAACGAUUAUUGUCAGCCUCCUUGGACAGACAUGUGAAAAUAUAUGAUAUAUCCUCAUAUCAGGUGGUCCACACCCUUGAUUAUCCCAAUGCAGUACUCAGUCUCGAUGUCAGCACUAGAGAUGAGACAGUGGUUGCUGGAAUGGUGGAUGGUUUGGUGUCCAUCUCUCGGCGUGAGGAAGAAACAAGGCCCACUAAGCAGGAACGGAAGAAAGUUUCCUAUCGCUAUGCACCGGAUGGUUUCCAGGCUACCUCUGUAGACACUGUAGUUUGUGAGGAGAAGAUGGACUUAAUAUCAAAACAUGAUGUUUGUUUACGCAAGUUCCAGUACUCUAAAGCAGUGGAUUGUGUUCUGAUGUCAUACAUCACCAACAAAAAACCUGCGGUUACUGUAGGUGUGUUCCAGGAACUCAUCAGGCGGAAAGGUCUAAGGGCUGCUUUGGCUGGAAGAGAAGGAAAAUCUCUCUCUGCUGUCCUGAGGUUCCUUAUCAAGUACAUUGGAGACUACCGCUUCACCCGAACUCUUAUUGAUGUUGCCAACAUGUUACUAGAUAUAUACGAUGGGGUAGACCACAGCAUGGAAAUUAGUGUACUGCUCCAACGUCUUGCACAGCGACUCAGAGAGGAGGAGCAAUUGACAGAGGAACUGCUGGCCCUGCAAGGAGCAUUACAGCUGUUGCUAUCAGGAGCCAGUGUUGGGGAGAGCAAUAAUGCAGACAGUAUGACAGAUGUUACAAAUAUACAACCAUCACAGAGUGCACAGUCAACUUUUGUUGUGAAUAUUACCUGAGUAAUGUAAAUACAAACAUCUUUCCUCCAUUU